UUUACAGAUAUACUCAAAGAUACAACACCUACCUCCUAAAAUGAUAACAUGUCCACAAGCAAAAAGUGCCUUACUUGCAUCAUAUUCGCUAGAACUCAAAAGGAACAAUAGUUCCCCGUCCCUAUCUCUUUACUUACCCACUCAUACUGCCAUACAGAGCCCCACAUUGUUGCUGCGCCUCCUCUGCUCCCCGCCCGCAUCUCUGCAACCACUCCCAUCCCACCGACCCCUCAACACAUAAAUGCCUCCCACCUCUCUCAACUCUCUUCUCCUCCCCGUCGCCCCGCUUUCGCUCCGUUUCACCCUCUGAAAAUCGCCGUUGAUGGCAGCAAAGUCGCCGGAGAAGUUAUCGCCUAUACCGGCGUCAGUGCCCAGACCGAGAUCUCCGCCUAAGUACCCGGAUAUUUGCGGGCGGCUUCGGCUGCAGGUCGAGGCGCAGAACCUAAAUCGGGAGAUUAUGUUCCUCCAGGAGGAGCUGCAAUCACUUGAAGAAGCUCAGCCUGUUUCUGGAUGCUGCAAAGAGGUUGAUGAGUUUGUACAGACAAAGGCAGAUCUAUUAUUACCACAAAAGAAGAAGAAACGAAAAUCCUGCUCAUUUAUUAAGUCACUCAGAUCAAAGCUCUGCUGCACAUUCCCUUGCUCUCUCCUGCUCAGAAAACCAGUAAGAUGUCUUCUUCAUUGUUUAAAUAGCUGCAAAAUCUGUUCUGGAAACCAUGAUUGCUCCGGCUGCCAUUUCUGUAAGAAGUCAUGUACUUUGCCUGGCUGCAAUUUUCCGAGUUUGAGUUGCCCCAGUUGUUCUUGUGGAUGUGUCUGGUACUGUUGCCCCAGUUGUAAAGAGCAGAGGUUCUGCUGCUGUGAUAAAGCAUGCUGCAGCAGCCAAUGUCUUUGUUGAUCCAAGUAUUCAUAUUUGGAAGAUUUACAUCCAUACCAUUCAACAUUCAACAUAUCUAAUACUUGAACUUCUAUUUUUUACAUACAUU